AUGCCACAAUUCCUCCGCCUGCGGCGGAAAGUCGCGACAACUGGAUCGGCGGCUCAGCAAAGCCAGCCAGAGUCAUCACCCGCUGCGGCCUCGUCUUCGAAGGCUUUCCCCUCAGGCAUUAAGCCUCUUUGCAGCCCGGCAGGCGCCAUCGUCGACAUCGUCUUUGUCCACGGCCUGAAUGGCGAUCGCGAGAAGACAUGGACCGCCAGCGGCGCGCCCGAGCCGUGGCCCAAGGCCCUUCUCCCGUCCGAGCUCCCGAUGGCGCGCAUCCUCACAUUCGGAUACGAUGCAAACGUGACGGACUUGGGGGGCAUGGUGUCGGAGAAUCGGAUUGGCGACCAUGCGUGGAAUCUUCUGACGUCUCUCGUGUCGUACCGAGAUAGGGAUGAUACGGCACUGUCCACAUCCAAACAGCGACCGGAACCACACCACAGCGUUUUCCGGUUGACCCGCGGCAUCGCGUUUCUCGGGACACCGCACCACGGGUCAGGGCUGGCACGAUGGGCCGAGCGGCUGUCGCGAUUCAUCGGGAUCAUCAAGCAGACGAACGUACAAAUCGUUGAGGUGCUCAACCGCGACUCAGAGGUGCUCGCGCGGAUCCAGGACAGUUUCCACACCAUGGUCCAAGCGCGUGACAGGGAGGGCCAGAGGAUCGAGAUCAGCUGCUUUUUCGAGGAGCUGCCUCUGCCAGGCAUCGGCCAGGUUGUGCCGCCGGAGUCAGCGAAACUGCCUGGGUAUAUUCCAAUCGGGAUCCACAGCGACCACAUGGGCAUGACCAAAUUCGCCAGCGCGGAUGACCCGGGGUUUCAGGCAGUUUGCGGAGAGCUUCGUCGAGUAGUCCUCGUGCCAUACACCUGCAAUCCCGACUUCGUCGAGCGCUCCGAUAUCCUCGAAAAGCUCAAGGACCAACUCGGCCACAGGCAGCGGCCGAGCAAGUUCCACUUGAGAGCCGCACUGUACGGCUUGGGAGGCAUCGGGAAAACGCAAAUCGCACUGGCAUACGCGUACUGGCUGCAAGAGGAGUGUCCAGAUGUAUCGGUCUUCUGGGUCCACGCGAGUAGCGAAGAACGGUUCCGUCAGUCAUACGCAUCGAUUGCACAAGAAUGCCACGUCCCUGGCUACGACGAUCCCAAGGCGGACGUGCUGCCACUGCUGAAGAGAUGGCUGGAGAGGAAGGAUCGCGGCAGGUGGCUGAUGGUGAUCGACAAUGCGGAUGAUACGCAGCUCAUCAGCGGGCCGGGAGGGCUUAUGCAGCACGUUCCCGAAUGCGCGCACGGGUCUGUUCUCGUGACGACGAGGAACAAGCAGGCAGGCUCGAGGCUCACAAGGAGCGGCCGACUCAUUGAGGUCAAGGAAAUGGACGACAGCGAGUCGAAAGAGCUACUCGAGAAGAAGCUCGAGGAGCACACAAUCGAUCCCGACGACUUGUCUACACUUGCAGCUCGGCUGGAGCACCUGCCGCUCGCACUGGUCCAGGCGGCUGCUUUUAUGCAGGAGAAGUCGGUGCCGAUCAGUGGGUAUCUCGAGCUGCUGGAGAAGAGCGACCAAAACCUCGUGGAUCUGCUUAGCCAGGACUUUGAGACCGUCGGACGAGACUCGGAGACGCCUCGGGCAGUGACAGAGACGUGGAUUCUGUCGUUUGAUCAGAUUCAGCGGCGGAACCCCUUCGCGGCUGACCUUCUCUCCAUCAUGGGCCUCCUGGACCGGCACGCCAUUCCGUUGGAGUUCCUAUCCAGCUAUAGCAGCCACCAGACAGAGCAGCAGGCAACGGGAGAAGUACAGCUCACGGAGGCCCUGGGGCUUCUGAAGGCGUUUUCUUUCGUGGUACAGAAGAGGGACCAUGGUUUGGACAUGCACCGGCUCGUGCAGUUGGUGACGCGGAAGUGGCUUGUCCAGAAGGGCAGGAUGAGGCACUUUGCCGGGCAGGCACUGUUGACAGUGUCGCGCUGCUACCCAUUCUGGUCAUUUAAGAAUUGGGCAGUGUGUAGCGCAUACCUCGCGCACGCAUAUGCUGUGCUUGGCCGGGAAGGCACCGGUUCGAGGGACGAGAAACUCGGGAAGGCGCAUCUUCUGGACCGUGUUGCGGCAUUCCUCCUUUCCCGAGGUACGCUCGAAAGUGCUACGACGUUCCAGGUUGAGGCUGUUGAGCUACUCAAGGAAGUCCUUGGGGCCGAUCAUCUCGAUACGCUGAAUAGCAUGUUGAAACUGGGGUCAACCUAUUUGACCCAGGUCCAGGUGGAGGAAGGCAAGAUCAUGUGGGUGCAGGUGACGGAGACUAUCAAGAUGAUGCUCGGGGCCGAUCAUUCCGAUACACUAAGCAACAUGGCGAACCUGGCGCCGACGUGCUGGAAGUUGGGCCGGUUGGAGGAGGCUGAGAAGCUGCUUAUACAGGUGAUGGAGAAUUUCAAGACGAAGCUUGGGGCCGAUCAUUUCAUGACGCUAACUAGCAUGGCGAAGCUGGCGUCAACAUACCGGGAACAGGGACGAUGGGAGGAGGCCGAGAAGCUGGAUUUGCAGGUGAUGGAGACUUGCAAGACGAAGCUCGUGGCCGAUGAUCUCGAUAUGCUGAAUAGCAUUGGGUAUCUGGCGUACCUGUACCUGGGCCAGGUCUCGACGGAGGAUACCAAGAAGCUUAUUGUGCAGUGGUUCGAGAUCCCGGAGACGAAGCUCGGGGCCGAUCAUCCCAACCUACUAACCAGCAUUGAGAACCUGAGGUCGACAGCCAUAACGGAUCUCGCCUUGAUUUGGAAGUGCAUGGGUCGUUGCGAAGACGCUCUUCGCCUACUCGCAACUUGCCUUGAUCUCCGGCAACAGGCAUUGGGCGUAGGCCAUCCACACACAGCGUCGACGCUGUCAACUCCGAAGGCGUGGCGGGAGGAGAACGAACAACUACUAGUAGAGUAG